AUGAUGAUGAUAAGAUGGUUGUGUGGGUGUACUUGGAGAGAUUGGAUUAGAAAUGAGGAUAUUCGGUACAAGGUGAGAGUGGCUUCUGUGAUGGACAAGAUGAGAAAAGUAAGACUGAGGUGGUUCGGGCAUGUGAAGAGGAGUAGCGCAGAUUCAUCAGUGAAGACGUGUGAGAGGUUGGAUAUGCUCUUUUAUAGCGUUUUAGGCUCUUCACGCAGAGAGAUCAACCCAAGGGAUUUGAUCCAUGGAAAUGGAAUUAACGAUCCUAUUUCCAAGAAUAAGGCUGAGCUUUUGCUGCUUUCCUUGUGCGUUGAGGCAGCAUUAUCAAUCAUCAAGAUUAUUACACUUCAUGAGAUAUUCCUUUUAAUGUUGGAGAUGGCCUUUCCUUCCUUGAAACGAUUUGAUGCUGCUGGAAUAUUCCUUCUUUAA